UGUUUGUCCUUACUGAUCGUGAUGGCGAACGAAAGUCAACAUCAUCGUAACGUAAUCUACACGGAUAAUAAACCUGCACGUCCAGAUCAUAGAGGAAUAGGCUACGUAUAUUACCACUCCAUGUUAAAAAAUGGGGAAAAAAUCGCACAGAUCGAUGGAAAUACGGGUGUGGAAGAAAGCUACGGUCAAUUGUUAACGAGGUGUAUUCGAACUGCAAUUACAAUGCAGAUUAAGGGUAUUAGACCUGGGGAUUUUAUUUCCAUAUGUUCCCCAAAUGACGUAGAUUGUGUCGUGCCGUAUAUCGCGUCACUUUUCAUAGGAGCGAUAUCGGCUUCAAUAUGCGAAGAGAUGUCAGUGGAAGAAAACCUUUAUUUACUAGAACAAGUUAAUCCAAAAAUGAUAUUCGUAUCCAAAGGAGCGGUUGAGUUGAUUGAAAAAAUUUCGGAAAGGUUGAAGGAUCACCCAGUUAUUGUAGUCUUCGGUGCGACAAACAAGCACACUGCUUUCGAUGAAUUUUUGGUCAAACGCAGCCAAGAAGAUCAAUUUCGCCCUCGAGAAGUGGAUAGCCUUACUGAGACGGCCAUAGUUGGUUUUAGUAGUGGUUCGACGGGUAGACCAAAAGGAAUUUGUCAUACCCAUUACUCUAUGCUCUCCAACUUCACAUUGUCUGAUCGAAAGGAAAAUCUACGAAUUGCGGUAUUUUUCUCGUCCUACUGGACACUCUUCCACGUCUUCGUGCAUGAAACGUUAACAAACGGUUUCAUCAGAAUCGUCUUUUCGGGCUUCGACACGAUGAAUCCGUGGCCGAUACUCAACUAUCAUAUAGACUAUGCCCUUUUAGGCCCGAACGAAUGUAUGGCUUUUACAAGAACCGAAAAGCCGCCAUUCGCUGACCCAUCCAAUUUAAAGGAACUAGCCAUCGGUGGCAAUUCCAUAAGCAAUGAUCAAAUCGCAAAAGUGCAAUCUGUAUUUCCGGAUGCGUUCAUUCACAGUACAUACGGUCAAACGGAAGUAUUCGAGGUGAUCUUUAACUUUCCAUCUAGAAGUCUUGCCAGGAGGUAUACAAAUUCCGUCGGCCUUCCUAUCGCCGGUUUUCAUUACAAAGUGGUAGACUUAAACACCGAAGAAAUUUUAGGGCCAAAUCGGGAAGGCGAGCUGAGGCUACGGUCGGCGUGUCAAACUUCGGGCUACUACAAUCGCGACUCGUCAGAGAUGUUCGACUCGGAAGGUUGGCUCAAGACGGGUGACUUGGUGUACUAUAAUGAGGAGCGGUGUUUCUUCGUCACUGGCAGAAUUAAAGAAAGUUUCAAGUACCUACAUCACCAUAUUAGUCCAGUGGAGGUCGAGAGCGUACUUUUGGACCAUCCGUCGGUCGGAAGGGCGAUUGUUCUGGGGCGUCCCCAUGAGACGGAUGAUAAUCAUCCGUUCGCUUUAGUCGAGUUACUACAAGGUGCAGUCAACGUAAAGGCGGAUGAUCUCGUACGUUACGUGGAAAGGAAAGUUGAGGACCCAAAGAGGUUGAGGGGAGGAGUAAAGAUAGUGAAAUCUAUUCCUAUAACCCCUACUGGUAAAGUUAAUCGCUUCAAAGUACGAGAUAUGUUGAAAAAACGAGAAAUCUAACCAUUGCCUUUUCCAUGCCUUUUAGUUGUUAGGUAAUUUACAGCUUUGGGCAAUUGUUAAAUGUGUUUAGAUGAAAUGCGCCCAACUAAAAAGUUUGAUUUUCGUAUUAUGUGCGUUCUAUUAUGUUGUUUAGUAAAGUUUAAUUGAAUAUUUAACAGAGUUGGGCGGAAUAAGAUCCCCGAAGACUCAAAUUUCCCUAGGUUAUGGGCCCAAAGUCUAAAGUAAUUAAACGUAACAAGAAUAAAAUAUCAGCUGUA